AUGCUCAACGUUAUGGAUUUCUCCUGCCCGGACCCGCUUUACUCCAAGUACGAGGAGAGCUGUGAGAUGAAAACCGGAGACCUGCAGGGCUUGGGGCAGCCUGAGCAGCAACUUCUGGCAGAGGCCGAUUUCCUUGGAGGUGAACUGCUGGGUGCCCCCGGCAGCGGCGGGGCCGUGGAUUACUCCCUGCUGGGCAGCCAGCCCUCCCCAUCCCUCAGCUACACCGGCAGCUUCUUCAUCAAGGCGGUACCGGAGCACCCGCAGGACCAGGAAUCGCUCUUCAACCUGAUGUCAGGGAUCCUGGGCAUCUCCCCCUUCGCCUCCUCCGAGGGCCACCAGAGGCACCUGGACGCUCUUUACCCGUGUCCCGAGGUGGCUCAGAGCCAGCUGGACCUGUACUCGCCGUGCCAGCCCGAGCUGAGCGGGUCCAGCCCAGCCCCGUUCCCAGAACCGGGCUACGGCGCCUUCCCCGCGGCCGAGGGCGCUCAGCCCCUGCAGGCACAGCCCGCCCUGGGGAACACCUCCCAGUGCUUCUUCCAGCCCAAGCUCUUGGACAGCAAGCAGGACAUCAAGUUAUCAUCCGGCUCCCCACCCCUGGACAAGUUCAAGGCCCCCUGUGCCCAGUGGGAGCCCCUCUCCCAGCAGCACCAGGCCUACUUGCCCGCUGGCUUCCAGUGUCCCGAAGGCUUCCCGGCCGCCGAGAGCGGCCAGGGGCUGUUCCACCCGCUGGGCUCCAAGAUGGAGAGCGUUCUGUCGGUCAGCUGCCAGUCGGAGCUCGGCAGCUUGGCAGAGGACUCUGCCUGCUUUGGAACCCAUCUGGGCUUCGGCUGCGAGCCAGAAAACUUCCCAGCCCGCGGGGACUUCGACACCAAGAUCCACAACAUCCCCGCGCCAUUGCUGCCGGACUUCGAAGCCUCCUUGGCCCAGCCCGAGGUCCUGCCGGGCCUGCUGAGCUCCGCCGAGCUCCUCCAUCCUCACCCCUCUCCUUCUGUCCCCCCCACGGACUUUCUGGGCCACCCCACGUCCUCCUCGCUGCCAUCCCUGCUGCCCGCCACCCCUCCGGCGCUGGCCGAACCCAAGAAGAAGACGCGGCGGAGCAAGUGUUCCUCCAAGUGCUUCUGCCCCAAACCCCACGAGAAGGCGUUCGCCUGCCCGGUGGAGAACUGCGUCCGCAGCUUCGCCCGCUCCGACGAGCUCAACCGGCACCUGCGCAUCCACACGGGCCACAAGCCCUUCCAGUGCCGCAUCUGCCUGCGCAACUUCAGCCGCAGCGACCACCUCACCACGCACAUCCGCACCCACACGGGCGAGAAGCCCUUCUCCUGCGACACCUGCGGCCGCCGCUUCGCCCGCAGCGACGAGAAGAAGCGCCACAGCAAAGUGCACCUCAAGCAGAAAGCCCGGACCGAGGAGAAGCUCAAGGGUUUGGGGUUCUUCUCUGUGGGGCUCUCCUUCGGGACACUCUGA